AUGGGUCACUCCGCCGGUCUCAGAGCUGGCACUCGAUAUGCCUUCUCGCGCGACUUCAAGAAGCGAGGAGCGAUCAAACUCUCCACCUACCUCAAGCACUACAAAGUCGGCGACAUCGUCGAUGUCGUAGCAAACGGUGCGGUGCAGAAGGGCAUGCCAUACAAAGUCUACCACGGCAAGACCGGCGUCGUCUACAACGUGACCAAAUCCGCCGUCGGCGUCAUCCUCUACAAGCAAGUCGGCAACCGCUACAUGGAGAAGCGCAUCAACGUCCGCGUCGAGCACGUCCGCCACAGCCGAUCACGAGACGAGUUCCUCACCCGGGUGAAGGAGAACGCGGCGAAGAAGAGGCAGGCGAAGGAGCAGGGCACGCAGUUGUACCUCAAGCGUCUGCCCGCGAAGCCCCGAGACGAGCGGACGGUGUCGGCGAAGGACAACAAGCCGGAGAGCAUUGUGCCGAUUCCGUACGAGACGACGAUUUAG